AUGCAGAUCCCCGCAGGCCCGGAGGAGCUGCUGGUCAAUGCGCAACCAGGUACGGCGAUGGAGCCACUGAGGGAUGUCCUGACCUUUCAGCCUCAAAUCCGCAAACCACGGAAGUCACAGGUGCCGCCUCCAGAGCAUCUUCGUGAUCGUGUUUUGCAGACACGGCUUCUGGAUGAUUCCUUGAAGGCGGACUGCUUGGAGCGACUGGCCGGUGCAGCCCAGCGGGCGCCCAUGGUUCGGAGAGCAUCAUGGUCAGAUGUCGCACCACCGCCACCGCCAGAGAGCGAUGACGAGGUCAUAGAGUUCACAAAGGAGGAUCUCUUCAAAGAGGAUGCUCCGACGAUUGAGGAGCAACCUCAAAAGUCUCCGGAAGCCAGUGGGGAGGACAUGCAUUCUCCCGAGCCACAGGACGAGACGCUCGAUGCGGAUCUCCGCGUGCUGACACCCUCGGAGCGUUCGGCACCUUCUGAGCGACGGGAGGUCGCGUCAGUCGCUGCUAUGAAUCUGACGGAUCUUCUGGCAGAGAAUGAGAAACUCAGAGUGGCUGCAGGGCUGAGCGAAAAUGAACACUUCUCCUGGCGUCCUGGUGCGACUAUUCCGGCACACUCUGGGCUGCCGGUGGAGACCAGCCAGCCCCGUGGCUCUGUGUGCCGCAAGCGGGACACCGAGGCAACAGACUUCUAUGGUGACUGGAUCACAGGUUCUGCGGCCUUGCCGCACUGGCACUACAAGAGCUCUAGUCCGUUUCGCAGAAGAUCGAAGACCUUGCCCAAAACGAGCUUGCAGUCGAGUCCUUCAGCUGUGGAGGCUCUGCCACCGCUCAGCCAGGCGUUGCCAACCUCUGCACAUCUCGAAGAUGCACGGCAGGCCAUCUUCGCUGCACGGGGCAUGAGCAAGCUAGGGGUGCAGCGAGGCUGCGACUCGCUGCUGCGCUUGUCGCUUCGUUCUCUGUGCCAGGUCUUCACAGAGCAGGGCAUCGAAUGGGCCAAGCUGGCCAAAGGUGCAUGUGCCAUACGCAGCCACAUGCAACAGGAGGUGCCGCUGGACCUGGCAGAAGAUGGCUUCGUGGCGACAGCCCUUGCGCCCUUCGGCACACAGCUGCGGAAGCAAACAGAAGCCAUUCAGGAUGGGGCGGCCAAUGCAGUGCUUUCGAAGAAGGUCAUCAACGAAGUCCUGUCCAUGAGCUCCGAUCCAGGGCUGGUGGGCUUUCUUCCCGAGGUUAAUGUUGAGCACGACCUUCCUGUGUCUUCACCAGAGAUGGCUCCCAUGGAGUCGCUUGAUGUGACUUCCAAGAAAGAGCUGCUGAAAUCUGGCCGCAAGGUGCCGCCUUCGCCUCCCAGGCCCCGGCCAAUGCCUGCUGUCGAGGUACCUUGGUUCAUGCUGGGGGAACCUGCCAUUGACACUUUGAGCAAUCAUCCCGUGAUGGAGACCAACCUUUUGAUUGGAGAACCCACGGCAGUCAAAACUGCUCCGUUUGAAUCGCUCCCUGACUCGCAUGGGGAGAAGGAUAUAAUCAACGUCAGGGUGGCGUCGCCGGCACAAGAGCAGCACCUCAAGCUUGGCGUAAGUCCAGUCCUGCUGGCCGCCAUCGACCAGGCCUGCAAGACCGCCUGA